AUGUUGACACAGGCACAAAUCCUAUUAGUAAAAGCAUCAUAUCGAUCACCAUCAUCAGCUCUUUCCUCGAAGAGAAUCAUUGCCGAUGGUUUGGGUAUCAUACCAACAAGAGUCCCAGAGCCUGGUCAGACUGGAAUAUACUUCCAGUCUCGAAAAUUUGGGGUCACAUCAAUAAAUUUCAACAGUAAUCACAAAGCAAACGCCAAAUUAAAGCCCAAGGCUUCCCAGUCUAACAAUUCCUUCCAUCCCAAUUUCAAGAAAUUUGAUGAUUCCAAACUGAGCCGGGCACAACCUCCUUCUACCCUGAGCAGCUUCUCAUCAAUACUCAGCCGCCCAUUCAAUACUUUCUUUGCCCGUCCUAUUCCUAAUGGUAUGGCUUUUUUUUCUGUCUACGAACUUUCAGGAUUGAUCCCUUUCCUCUUUGUUUGGCAAGCUUGCUACCUGUUUCCUGGAUUCCAUGUUGUUGAUCCAUCUACAAUGUCAUCCUUGCCAGUAUUUGGUGAUGAGCUAUAUUCUAUAAUGGAACAGGGUAGACAAACUAUCACUAGAAUCGUCCAGUCCGCGGAAUUGCAACAAGAGGAUGCCAAAGAAAGCUUGGAACAAAUUGUCAGUAGUGGUGCUGAAGCCUACGUAACUUUAAAAAUCUUGGGCCCAUUACGGAUUGCGGUACUGUAUUUUGCAAUGACGAAGGUCAGUGACCUGGUGAUUGUUCCUAUUGGAAAGGUAUUUCAAAGAAUGUUAUCAGGUAAUAAGAAUUCAAGCAGUAGUUCGUCGGUAUCUGAGAGUGGGAAGGGAAAAACAGAAUUAAAAUUCAAGAAGUUGAAGCAGAAACGUCUAUGA